GAUGAGCUGUCUUCGGGGCCGGGCAGGCUGGUGUUUAUUUCUGUUUGCAGGUUUGGGGCUUUGCGGUCCAUGACCUGCCUGGUUGUGCUUCCAGUCUGGUCACUCCCGGAGCUCCGCUCCCAGCCCCGGGGGUGCGGGGGCAGCCCAGGUCCCCGGGUGAUGGGCACUGGUGGGCCAAGGGACGAUUCUGUCCCCUGUGCCCCAUCCCUCAGCAGAGCCCUCUCACAGCCCAAACAAGAUCUCCGCUGGCUGUGAGUGCUGCAGGCGACUGAGCGGCACCUUCCCCGAAAUGAUGGAAAACAACGUGUUUAUGUCAUUUACGUUCUACAGCACAAUCUUGAUUUUAAAAAUGUAUGUUGUUGCCAUCAUUACGGGACAAGUGAGACUCAGAAAGAAGGCGUUUGCAAACCCGGAGGACGCGCUGCGCAACGGGGGGCUGCAGUACUACCGCGAGGACCCCGACGUAGAGCGGUGCCGCAGGGCCCACCGCAACGACAUGGAGAACAUCUUUCCCUUCCUCUUCCUCGGAGCCAUCUACUCCCUGCUGGAUCCCAGUCCCGCAGUGGCCAGGAUCCACUUCUUCAUCUUCUGCGUGGGACGCAUCGUCCACACCAUCGCCUACCUCCUGCAGCUGAAGGCGCCCACACGCUCCGUGGCCUACAGCGUGGCACAGCUGCCCUGCUUCUCCAUGGCUCUGCAGAUCCUCCUCGCCACCGCCCCGUACUGGUAACACCCAGCGAGACCAACCACCCAAACCCCCCUCAUCCUGCUCUCUGCUGAUUUCCCUGGCUGGACCAGAUGGUGCGUGUGCAAGUGUGAGUGUGUAAGUGUGUGUGUGUGUGUGUGUGUGUGGGCAUGUGAUAAGUUGCCAGGGAGGCCACCUGCGCCCCAAGGAUGCUCAGUGCAGCUUUGAUAAAGUCCCCGUGCUAUUGAAAUUGGGCAGGGAAGUCACCAGAAAGAAGGGGCACGUCUGCCUGUGGAGCGAGAAGGGGAUGCGGAGGCAGGUUCCUCUGGCUCCUGCUAAGGAUUGGAGGCACCUGGACUAGCCCUCAAGGAAGGGAUUUACUGAAGGAAAGAACAUUUUCUGGCACAACUGCAUUUGGAACUGGGGAGGGGAAGGUGUGCCCUUUUCCCUUGGUCAUGAAUACCCUGUGAAUCAGGAAGGGAAAAUCAUGAGGGUCCCAUGAAUUCUCUUGGUCAGCAGAUGCAGGUGGUAGCAGAAGGGGGUUAUAAACCAGCCACCCUCCUCCUGCCCAGCCGUGUGGGUCUGGGGGAAGAGGGGAGGGGGGGCCCUUAGGUUCCCUCUCCCCAAAGGAAGACAGGAGGCAGGUGCCUACCAGGCAGCAUAACAUGGAAGUCAAAAUCUCAGGUGUUCAGUGCUCCCAGAACCGCCUCAUCUCAUGCCAUGGGAUGCAGCUCCCUGCCCGGGAGCCUCGCUGCAGGCAGGAGCCUGCCUGUCCCACCAAGGACACCCCACGGCCAGUGUUUGGCAGCUCCCGGCCGGCAGCAGCAGCCGUGGCUUUUCCAUCUCAGUCUCACCGUGGCAAGAUGCAGAGGGACAUGCCUGGAGCAGCCGGCAGGAAUCGCUUACCCCAUAGAGAGAUGGACAGAAAGCUCUGGGACUCCUUGAAAGACUGAGAUGUUCACACAAAACAGGGGCUUGCAGUUUGCAGACAGAGCUUUCUCCCAAGGGCAGUAUCUGCGUUCACAUGCCGCCGAUGCCUGAAGACUCUCCCAGGGCAGCAGACUGAAUUUCUCUCCCUCUGUUUGUAGCCUUUCUCUGGCCGCAGAAUGGCCAUUGCUAUUUGGGGAAUGUGCCGUGACUGCUUUGGGGGUGUUUUUUUUUUUCAGCUGUUUCCUGCUGCCCACUGCUGCCGAGCUGUGCGCAGCCUGGAUUAGUUGGUGUUUGCAGAAAGCUCUGGAAAUGAGCAGAGUGGCUUUGAACCACCCCGUGGGAGAGUACCACUGCUCUGCAGCGUCACGUUGGAGAGGAGAGGCUGGGGCCAGCGUACCGCAGGGUGACAAACUCUUGUGAGCUCCUCUGCCAUGCCACUGUCCUGAAGUGCCACGGGCUGGUCCAGCCAACAGCAGCACGCAAUGGAGCAGCGCACAGUGGGGCACCCCUAGGGAGGACAAGGCAGGAGGACACCUCUGCCGUUCAGUUCCCCCUCCCUCCUCUGAGUUUUACUAAGAUCACAGAGGGAAACCAGAAUGAGCAGAAAAUAAAUUCCCCUUCCACCUGUCCUAACCACUGAAGCUCUUCCCUUAAUCCCGCUGUCCUCGGAGAUGCUCUUGCAGAGACCUCACCGAGUGCCUGCGUGUGCAAAGCACGAGGUGAAACACCAGCUCUGAGCCCUUGCCCAGCUUGGGUAGCAGCUUCUGAACCAGUAACUCCUGCCCCAGUGCAGAUGUGGCCUUAGGCCAAGCUGUUUGCUGAGGUUUGGAGCGGAGCGCUCUGUUCUCCCGCGGGGGAUGCAGGGCCUGCCACAUGGGGAAGGUGGGCAGGACUGCAGGUUCAGCAGUUUGCUCUUGGCCAUUUCUCAUUUACACAGCCUCAACAGAUGUCUGGGUAAUACAUACUCCUCUUAACAAGCCUUUUCUGCCUCACAUGGUGCACAAGGUCUCGAAACCCUGUAUGUUUCUCUGCUGCUGCACAUGCAUCCUGGUGGCAGGAAGCAAAUAUUCCCAAUAAAAACAAAUCAUUGUGCUCUGA